AUGGUGAUGGCGAUGAUAAUUUUUUUCAAUAAACGAGUUUUACAAGAGUUAAAUACACAAGAGAAGUUUCAAAACAGCGUUCUCAAUCUUAUACAUUUCUCGGUUUUUCGUGAUGGACAUUUCCCAGAACCACUUCUUCUUGGAACGGAUUUUGUGAAUGAAAUCAACAAAGACCAUGAUUUCAGUAUCAAUGUUCACAAAGGAUACGUCGAAAUUGGAGACUGUGAGAUCCAAUUGAAUGCCGUCACUGUAGAAGAGAAGAUCGGAGUUUUCCUUUUCCAGAAUGUCUGCAUUCCAUCUGACAACCACAAAAUACAACACUAUACAACGUAUAAUACAACACUUUGUUUCAACCGCAUUCUCUACGCUGACCUGAAGAAAGAUAUUCAAUCUUUUACAAAUAUUCCAAACGACUUUCAAGAACUCCGAUUCCGUGGUGAAGAUCUUCCCGUUGUUGAGCGUCCCAUUCAAGACAUCAAGUUUGGCGAAGAAAAUGCUGUCACAUCAAAAAUUCCACUGAUGACAAAAAUUCUCGAAUAUUCUAUUCUGGUUUUCCAUGUCUUGAUAUUUGUACUAAAACCCACAGAAGGGACAUCUGGAAUCUGCUCGAAGUGUAUCCAACGAGGAGAGGUGUACUGUCCGAUGUUUGACCGAUGUGGCAUAUUUCCGUUCUGUUUGAAAUGGAUUGAUAAAAUCCUGAACUGUCCGGACACCCGUAACAUAACCAUCGCCUACGACGAAGACUUUGCUCGGAACAAGAUGAUGCCUCUCGCGGCUGCCGCUUAUUCUGAUAAACCGGCGCCGUGUGUCAAGUUGGCCCUAAUCCACAUCACAACCUCCUGGGUGGCCUAUCUGCUCGACAGAAUCAACUGGAUCGACUACAAUCCCCCACCGAUAUUCUCCUCCGACUGUUUCGGAUACAUUGGAAUAGACGACGUGUCGAAAGUGAUUGUUAUGGGAUUCAGAGGGACUGAGGGAUUAUUCCAGUUGUUCGAACAGAUGCUACAGUAUCACAGAGGUCGGAAGCCAUUCUUUGACAAUGGAAGUAUCUACGAAUACUUUUACAAUGCAUUUCAUUUGUUAUGGAUUGGAGGGUUCGAGCAAGGAGCAAGAGACGUUUUGGGACAGGCAACGGACGAGUAUGAGUUAUGGAUCACCGGCCUGUCUCUCGGAGGCGCCAUCGCCGCUGUCACCUCCUCCUACAUUGCCAAACUGAAUCUCUUCCCUCCGUCCCGCACAAAACUCAUCACAUUCGGUCAGCCACGUGUCUCGGACUACGAUCAUGCCGCGUGGCAUGACUCCACGUUCCCCUAUUCGUUUCGAGUCAUUAAUGGCCGUGACCCAGUGCCCCAUAUCCCUCCGAAAAUCGGUCCCAUUGCCUUAUUCCAUCAUGGAACCGAGAUAUGGUACCCGACGGAAAUGUGGCCAUUAUCCAACUACAAAGUGUGUCGGGAAGCCGAUGGGGAUUACUGUAGCAAUUCGAUGUUACUGUAUAAUAUAAUGGAUCAUAUCUAUUAUUUUGAAGUUGAUGUCGGGGAGUACGGGAAGAAUGGGUGUCAAUAA